AUGAAGAGAGAAAGGGGAGCCCUGUUCAGAGGCUCCAGAGCCCCACGCCUCACUCCUUUCGUCUGCCUCCUCCUGAUCCAGACAGGCUCACUGGAAGGGGUGAACAUCACGAGCCCAGUGCGUCUGAUCCAUGGUACUGUGGGGAAGUCAGCUCUGCUGUCUGUGCAGUACAGUAGCACCAGCAGUGACAAGCCAGUAGUUAAGUGGCAGCUGAAGAGGGACAAGCCAGUGACGGUGGUACAAUCCAUCGGCACUGAGGUCAUUGGCACCCUGAGGCCCGACUACCGUGACCGAAUCAGACUCUUUGAGAAUGGCUCCCUUCUCCUCAGUGAUCUUCAGACAUCUGAUGAGGGCACCUAUGAGGUAGAGAUUUCCAUCACUGAUGAUACUUUCACUGGAGAAAAGACCAUCAACCUCACUGUGGAUGUUCCCAUCUCAAAGCCACAAGUAGUAGUGGCUUCAUCUACUGUCCUGGAGCUCAGUGAGUCCUUCACACUGAACUGUUCCCAUGAAAAUGGUACCAAAGCCAACUAUACUUGGCUGAAGGAUGGCAAGCCACUCAGCAAUGACUCAAGGAUGCUCCUGUCCCCUGACCAAAAGGUGCUCACCAUUACACGAGUGCUUAUGGCAGAUGAUGACAUCUAUAGCUGCUUGGUGGAGAACCCCAUUAGCCAAGGUCGAAGUGUCCCCAUCAAGCUUACUGUAUAUCGGAGAAGCUCUCUCUACAUUAUCCUGACCACAGGAGGCAUCUUUCUCCUUGUGACUUUGGUGACAGUCUGUGCAUGUUGGAAACCCUCCAAAAAAAAGAAGCGGAAGCUGGAAAAGCAGGGCUCUCUAGAGUAUGAAGAUCAAAACGAUGACCACCUGAAACCUGAAGUAGAGACCCUCCCCCGAAGUGGAGAACACGAGCGGAAGAACCCUGUGGCCCUGUACAUCUUGAAGGAUAAGGACCCACCAGAAGGGGAGGAGAGCUCUGCCCCCGACCCUCGGAGCACCACUGAGCCGGGCCCGCCGGGUUAUGCCAUCUCUUCCACUGCCCCAGGCCGCUCCCCCGGGCUGCCAAUCCGGUCAGCCCGCCGCUAUCCCCGCUCUCCUGCCCGCUCUCCUGCCACUAGCCGAACGCACACCUCUCCCAGCCGGUCCCCGAGCUCCCCCGGCCGCUCCCGCAGCUCCACACGCACCCUCCGGACUGCGGGCGUGCACAUGAUCCGGGAGCAAGAGGAGGCCGGCACCGUGGAGAUCAGCGCCUAA